GUGUAAUUUGACAUUUACAUAGAACAAAUUAUAAAAACCCUCUUUUUGGGCUGUUUAUUUUUCAGUGAGGGAAUGGCUUGUACUAGAAUUCCAUUAAGAUUGUUGGGCGUAAAUAAAAUUAUUGUCAGAACUGUAACAAUGUCAGCUCAAAGACGUGCCGAAGAAGCUUUAGAUAAGAUCAAGCAGAAAAAUCCCUACUUUGAUAAGUAUGCUGAAAAAAUAGCCAAGUUACAACAGACUUCUCCCGAGGAAUUUCUAGAAAGAGUAGAUAAGGUAGCCAAUCCCAUUAAGGAAGGCAAAUCACAAUCGAGGUCCUACUCGGAAUUGUUGAAUCCAAAGGCACCCAAGGCACAAGUUGAAGCUGAAAUUCCCCACAAAAAACUAAGUGAUAUCAUGAAAAUCGAAUUGGUUCAAGAUAAAACCGCUGAAGAAAUCUCCAAAAUAUGGUUUGAAUAUCACAAAACAAAAGAUGUUUUGGCUGCCACCUUGACUGUUCAACAAUUUAAUAGUUUAAUGGAAAGAGCCAAAAAACAUCCUAUCUUUUUGUUGCCUUUGCCCAGAAGUGAAGGUUUUGAGUUUAUUAUGUUGCAAUUUGCGAAUAAUACUGUACAUUUUACACCUUUAUUGGCAUACCAGGUCCAUGCCGAAAACGCUCCUGAGUGUUUGACAAUAGUGCAUUACACUGAAAUGAGUGAUAAGGGUGUUAUUUUAAUGCGUGGCGAAUAUGACUCUAAAGUUUUGACUGCCCAGGAGGCUCAAUGUCUGGUCAACGAAUUGCAAAUGUUUUAUUGCAUAAAUGAUGAGGCCAAACAAAAACUUUUGGAUACCUUCACCAACAAACCAGAUGAAUUUAAACACAUGGAUUUAAUUAAGGAGGUAGAAAAUAUACAACUUGUUUAAAUUGUUUUUUGUUAAAAAUGAAUAAAGAAUUAAAAAAAACAA